UUUCACUUCAAGGUCGGAAUUUAAUAUCAUUUCCGAUUCCGAUACGCUUUGCGAGGAAGAUACCGGGAAUCUGACUUCUCGGCUUCUCGCUGUUUGUUAAUUGCAUUCAAAAAAUAUACUCGGGUUUGUCUGACCUUGAAUCCAUUUUUUUGUGGAGAAAAUCACUCUAAAUUGUUUGAAGAUUUAAUUGUCACGUGGCGGAUAUUCACUUGAGAAUACCACGCAUUUACGCAAUGGCAGGUCCGGUUAAAAAACGUGAAGUGCAGCAAAAAUGUGCGAAAACUAGUGAUGACGAGAGCGAUAAUGCUUCAUCUGGAAGUGAAGAUAAUGAGAAUCAAGUGGCUGAAGAACAGGGAAUGGAAAUUCAAGUAGACUUUGAAGGACGAAAUCCUCAGGAUCCAGAUUUUCAUGGGAUCAAGACCCUUUUACAGCAACUUUUCCUCAAGGCACACGUAGAUUUAAGCAACCUCACAGAUUUGAUAAUUGGGCAAAAUUAUGUUGGGUCGGUUGUGAAACAAUCGCAGGAAGACGAAGGUUCUGAGGAUGAAGAUGACGAUGCUAACGACGUGUUUGGAAUUACAACUGUGAUCAACAUUUCGAAUAGACAGGUACAGAACAUACCAUGCAUUCAAGAUUUGCGAGACUUGCUGAAACAGAUGGCCAAUGACCACGCAACCGAUGCGACCAAUACAAUGAUAAAGAACGUUCUUGAAAAUGACGCUGCACCUCUUGGUUUGCUGAUAAAUGAACGUUUCGUCAACAUUCCCGCUCAAAUUUCAGUACCGCUGCUUGAAAACUUGAUUUCGGAAAUGAAGCGAGCCACAAGUAAAAAAAUGCCGUUCGAUUUCUCGUACCUUAUCCUGAUUUGCAAAUUGUACAAACCGUCGGAGCAAGAAGGGACAAACAAGAAGAAAAACAAGCGAAAGAAUAUGAACGAGGAACCGGAAGUUUACUGGAGCAAUCCUGAGGAAGAGAUUUUCGCUGAGGAGGCGACAUUUAGUUUCGAAUUUUCCGUGGAAUUGGACACAGACAGUGGACUUUCUGGAACCUGGGCUGAAACGGACAAAGAAAUGAUUCCCUAUAGAAGAGUUCUUUUGUUUGAGGCUUCGAAACUUCCAACAAUCUUGGAUAAAAUAAAGAAUGAAAUUAAGUAAGUUUUAAUUCGACAAGGACCGAGAACACGGAAGGAAAAUAUUCUAAAUUAUUCUAAAAGGUAUUCUAAAGUUGUUGAUAUUUUUUUACUUACACGUUACAACUCAUUUGUGUCGAUAUUGUAUGUUAGUUAACUCAUUUAUCUUCAAGAGUUCUUCAAUUUUAUCUCUUUUUCAAAAGAGUUUCACAGUUCAUAUUUUAUGACUAGUUGAGAUUUGUUACAUACUUUAGCACAUAAUCUUCCGUGUUUCAUCACGACUGAAUAAUCGCGAUUGCAAGUGAUUUUUGUACUUUAAUUGCAGCGAACGAAAUCUGUAUGUAUAUUAAGAGAAAAAUUGUUAUUUUCUCAACGCGCAAUCAACUAUAGUCAUUAAGAUAUUUGUAAUACGCUUUUGAGAAUACAGACGCUUUUGUAUCGCUUCUCGUAAAA